AUGUGCGCCGGGCAAGCCUUCAGCUGGUGCCAAGACAUUCGUAAAAUUGAAGCCAAGAAUUCUAAGAUAAAAGGCCAAGAAGCCCGCCACAUCCGUGCUUUCGAGAAAGCCGCUGAUCGAGCCCAGCGUGCCCGCGGCCACCUCCCGCGCAGCACCGCCGCUGGGGACGACACGCUGCGGAAUCGGAUCGAGCCCAUGGAGGAGGAGGGCGCAGUCGGCCAGCGCAGCAGGCGGAGUCCCUCCCCGCGCCGGAGCCCCCCUGCAGUCGGGGGAGUCCUCGUUGGCGAUGAAGGUGGCGACAUCGAAUCGCGGCGGACACACGUCACGUGGGAGGAAUGGGCGAUGAGCGGGAACGAUGCGCGCUACGACGCCGACUCCGCCGUGCUCGUGGCCGCCAAGCAGAAAGCCGCGCUCCAGGAGCACGCCAAGAUGCAAUGGCUCGCUUGCUUCGAUUCAGCUCUCUCGGCAGCAGAAGUGGGGCUGGAGCGGGUGGGGGUGGAUGCCGAUUGA